UAGAAUCUGAAAAUUUGGAGAUGAAAGCUAUGGAAGCUGAAAAUUUGGAGAUGAAAGCUAUGGAAGCUGAAAAUUUGGAGAUGAAAGCUAUGGAAGCUGAAAAUUUGGAGCUGAAAACUAUAGAACCUGAAAAUUUGGAGAUGAAAGCUAUGGAAGCUGAAAAUUUGGAGAUGAGAGCUAUAGAAGCUGAAAAUUUGGAGAUGAAAGCUAUGGAAGCUGAAAAUAUGGAGAUGAAGGCUAUGGAAGCUGAAAAUUUGGAGAUGAAAGCUAUGGAAGCUGAAAAUUUGGAGAUGAAAGCUAUGGAAGCUGAAAAUUUGGAGAUGAGAGCUAUGGAAGCUGAAAAUUUGGAGCUGAAAACUAUAGAACCUGAAAAUUUGGAGAUGAGAGCUAUGGAAGCUGAAAAUUUGGAGAUGAGAGCUAUAGAAGCUGAAAAUUUGGAGAUGAAAGCUAUGGAAGCUGAAAAUAUGGAGAUGAAGGCUAUGGAAGCUGAAAAUUUUGAGAUGAGAGCUAUAGAAGCUGAAAAUUUGGAGCUGAAAACUAUAGAACCUGAAAAUUUGGAGAUGAAAGCUAUGGAAGCUGAAAAUUUGGAGAUGAGAGCUAUGGAAGCUGAAAAUUUGGAGAUGAAAACUAUGGAACUUGAAUAUUUGGAAAUGAAAACUAUGGAACCUGAAAAUUUGAAAAUGAAAACUAUGGAACCUGAAACUACGGAGGUGAUUCCUGUCCAAGCCCUCUCCAAGCUAAUUUGUCCUGAAGAAGAGGAUGAUUUUGACUCUGGACAGUCAAAUUUUCCAUUUACUGUUGGAGCCAUGGGCCCAGGGAAUAUUGGACCACCACAAAAAGAAGAGCUCAGAAUCAUCCCGCAAACCAGUGAUGAAAAUAGCAAAGAAAUCUGGAAUCCACAAGAGGUUCCAGAAGGAGCAGAGCAUGAUGACAUGUGGGAUAUUAGAGAACUCCCAGAAUAUGAGAUUGUAUUCCAACAGCAAGUGGGAACUGAAGAUAUAUACCUGGGAUUGACAAGAAAAGAUCCUUCAACAGCGUGUUGUAAUGAACUAGUGGUUAAAAUUCAACUACCAAAUACGAACCCUUCUGAAAUUGAAAUUGAUAUCCAGGAAAUGGUCCUUGACCUUCGUACUCCUAAUAAGAAGCUGUUGUUAACCCUUCCCUAUCCUGUGGAAUGCAACAGUGCCAAAGCAUCCUAUGUCCAGGAGACUGAGACUCUUGAAAUUACCGUAACUCUGAAAAGAGAGUUUGAUUUUCUUAAUCUUUUCUGAAAUUACAUGGAU